GAUCUGCAGGCCCUGUGCUUGGAGUGUCAUCGAACCAAGACGAGCCUCGAAGGCAACCACAGCACCACUCUGGAGAGAGGGACAGCUGGCGGACCUCACGUGGGUGGAGAUGCCCUGCGACCACCGCAAAGGUGUGCUGGAUCGGCUGCCCUAUACGUGGGCAGAGGCUGGUACGCCAAGCCCGUGUGCGCCUACCUGCUCGAGGCGGGGUUGGCCCAGUGGCAGCACUUCAAGUGGAGUCUCGACGCCACAGCACACGUCGACCAGCGCUGCCUGGAACUCGUUCUCGAGCGCAUGGAGCAGGGCUGGCCGGAAGGCGAGGAGCACUAUGCGAAGCUGGCCAUUAACAGCCUGGUGGGAUUGUUCGCUCGGAAUCUAGAAUUGAUCUACUCCAUGAAGACUUCCAAUCAUCAGGUGGACGGAGAGGGGUGCAGCUGGCGCCAGACCUUCACGGAUUCGGCCGGGAGGACGCACUGGGAUCACAUCUUCGUGACGGAGCUGCUCUCGAACAGCUGCUACCGACCGAUACACGAUUUCAUCAUGGGGGCCGAGUACGUUGCAGUGGCGCGGAUUCGCCAGGAUCUGUCGGAGGUGCCCAGACGGUACCUGAAAUGCAUCAAAACCGAUUGCCUGGUGAUGCAGGGCGUCCCCAAGAAGUACCGGAUCGUCGAAGCCCUGAGGGAGCACGGGGACACGGUGCACAUCAUCACCAAGACCCACGCGGCCGUGCAGAACGUGGGCCUCGGGGCGCAGACGGCGGACCAUUGG